GGAAGCAUGCGAAGAGUGAGCCGGCAGUCCUGUGAAGAUGGUCCGCUGCUGGAGGAGCAGGAGACGGAGGGCCAGCGGCAGCUACACAGCCUCCUGCUGCAGCAGCUCCACACUGACGUCGACAUCGACCGAUGUGUAGCUAAGAGGCAGUGCUUCGCCCCGUCGGCGCUCUAUCGUCCGUUCGGGCAGCAGGCGGCCGGAGUGAAAACCCUGUCCCAGUUCCAGGCCCUGCAGGAUGGGGAGCAGGAGCUGGCCAACCUGCGGGAGCUGGGCCUCACCGACACUGAGAUCCAGCUGUGGCAGAGCAGAGACGCACCAGAUGUAGCAGAGCAGUCCCACGGGGUGUGUGUAGCUCCUGCGGUGAAGCAGCAGCGUCUCCAGGUGAUCAGAGACAAGAUUGAAGCCAGGGCGGAGCUCCUGUCCCGCCCACAGCGCUUCGCCGCCAGUCGCGCACUGUCAAGACGUGAGAUGGAGAUCGAACAAGCGUUGUUCCAGGGAACCGAUCGCCUGGGUUUCCUCACUGCACUUUACCAUCGAGAUGAAGAUCACCAGGAGAGCCAGCAGGGGGCCUCAUCCUCUGAUCCAAUGAGCUCUCUGUACAGGGACAUUCUCUGUGAGAGGAAACCACAAGUGUCACUACAGGAACCUGAGAGAAACCCUGCUGGAGCAUCACACCUUUCUAUAUCUGAAACUGCUUCUGACCAAAACUCACAGAAAGAUAACAACCAAGAAGCAUCUGAGUAUCAGUCAGAGCUGCAGGGUGAAAAAAGUAGCUCAUCAAGUCAGCUAGAGUCAGAAACCUCAGAGCAGCAAGAUGAACCAGGGAAACCACAACUGGCUGUUCCAGUAAAGAUACAUAUAAGCCAGCCGAUUGGCAGUCUGUGCGGGGCGGUGAAGGUGGGGUCAGGAGUACCUCUGACUGUCAGAGGGGAGAUUGAGACUGUUUCAGAUGAAGAAAUCCUUAAGAACCGUGAAUCUGAGGAAGGAAUCCGGAGCAUCCAGAGGUUCCGAAACUACCAGCCGGGAAAACCAUCCAAGGUUUUGUGUGUGAGAAACCUGAGUGCAAAGGCAUCAGUGGCCCAGCUGGUGGCGCUGUUCUCCAGGUUUGAGCAGGAAAACAGGCCUGCUGUUAUUUAUCGCCUGCUCACUGGAAGGAUGAGAGGUCAGGCUUUCAUCACUCUGCCAGGUGAGAGCGGUGCUUUCUGCUACCUCUUUGAUCAAGGAGUGUUUUUCCGGCAUUUUUGUCAGUCACAGGGUUCAUUUUAAACAGCUAACAUUUUCAUUGUCAACAUUUCACAUCUCAUGUCACAUGUUAUUAUGUGUGCUUGUUCUCUUUUGGCAGAUGCUGAAACGGCACAGAAAGCCUUGCAGUUGGUCCAUGGAUACCGGUUGCUAGGGAAACCUUUGGUGGUUGAGUUUGGCCGUGAGUGUCAGGAAGAAGAGAAACAGAAGGAGGAAGUGCAGGAGGAGAAAAAUAGAAAAAAA